AUGCCCCCCGAAAAACGCAUGACCGCCAACCCCCUCAGGCCAGCACGCUACCGCGCCGGAAAGCCCCUCGCGCCCGAGUCCUCUUCAUCCUCCUCUGAAUCUGAAGGCGAAGAAGAGGAAGUUCAACAAAAGAAAGCGCCUCCGAAACGGACCGCGCCACCCCCCAAGUUUGCUAGCGCUGCCGGACCAGGAAGGAUCAUCAGCCGUGGAGAUGGAAAGAUUGAUCUUAGCGGUGUGAUCGGGAACAAGGCGGAGGAGGAGAAGAAAAGGGAAGAGGCGAGGAAGUUGCGGGAGGAUGCUGAGAGACGGGCGAGGGAGGAGGGGUUUGUUACUGAGGAUGAGGAAGACGAAGAUGACGACGAGGAUGAAAGUGAAGAGGAAGAGAGUAGUGAGGAGGAGAGCGAGGAAGAGGCGCCGAGGAGGUUGAUGCUCAGGCCGAAGUUUAUUCCCAAGAGCCAACGCGGUGCCAACGGCGCAUCGAAGCCUGCUGAAGGGGAAGAAGGACAACAAGAGGAAGACUCAGAGGAAGCCCGCCAGCGCGCCGCCGACGCCCUCGUCGAAGAGCAGAUCCGCAAAGACCUCGCCUUGCGGGCCUCCGGCCCAAAGAAGCAAUGGGAGUCGGACGUGUCAAGCGAAAGCGACGUCGACACCACCGACGACGUGGACCCCGAAGCAGAAUACGCCGCCUGGAAACUUCGCGAGCUCCGCCGCCUCCGCCGCGAGCGCGACGCCAUCGAAGCCCGCGAGCGCGAGCUCGCCGAGCUCGAGCGCCGGCGCAACCUGACCGAGGAAGAACGCCGUGCGGAAGACGAGGCACAUCUCGCCAAGCAGAAGGCCGAGAAAGAAUCCCGAGGCAAGAUGGGGUACCUGCAAAAGUACUUCCAUCGCGGCGCGUUCUUCGCAGACCAGGCUGCGCAGGCGGGGCUGGAUAAACGGGAUUUGGUGGGGGCAAAGUUUCAGGAUGAUGUUAAUAGGGAACUAUUGCCGAAGGCGCUGCAGAUGAGGGAUUUGACAAAGAUUGGGAAGAAGGGGGCAACGAGGCCGGACGGGGGAAGGGGUGAGAGAAGGGGUGCCAAUGCUGUUCCUCUUGGAGAAAGAAAAGAUAGGGAUGGGAGUAGGGAUGAGUACCGUGAUAGGGAGAGGGAUGAUAGGAGAGGAGGGGAUCAUUAUCGGCGGAGGGAUGGCAGUCGUGAUAGGAGGAGACGGUCGAGGACGAGGUCGCGGUCGCCGGGACGGGAUCGCGACAGGUCUAGGGAGAGGCAUAGGGAUAGGGAUAGGGAUAGGGAUAGGAAAAAGAGGUCGCCGUCGCGGGAGCGCGAUCGCUAUGAGGACAAGCGGCGGCGUGUGGAGGCUUGA